UGAAAAUGAUUAAGAAACACAACGAACGUUAUAGAAAAGGAUUGGAAUCAUAUAAACAAUCAUUGAAUGAAAUGAGCGAUUGGACUGAGGAAGAGAAAAAAAGGCUUUUCGGAUUUUCUUUGAAUGCGACUGAAAUAAAGGAAGCAAAUAUGGGCCAAUUAUUCGGAUCAAAGCUAAAGAAGGCUAUACCAAGGCAUAUUGAUUACAGAAAAACUGUAUCGAAAACACCGGUGAAAGCUCAGGGUGAAUGUGGAGUAUGUUACAUUUUCGCGGCGCUAUCAGCUCUUGAAAUGCAUAUAGCGCUUAGAAAUAAAAAGCCACCGGUAGAGCUAUCAGUUCAGGAUGUAAUGGAUUGUAGUCAUUUGGAAAAGUGUUACGGAGUGGGUGGAAAUGCAGUGCAGGUUUUUAAUUGGGUUAGUGAGAAUGGUGUAAUGACCAGUGAAAGAUAUCCGUAUAAAGAAAAUGAUAGUGUAUCAUGUCCGAGUGAUAGAUCAUCGAAAAAAAUAAAAGAAGGAUUAGCUGGUGGUGUUUAUUUACCAUAUGGUAAUGAAGAUGUUAUCAGAAGGAUGUUGGCAGUUUAUGGACCAGUUGGCAUUUCAUUACAUGCAUCAAGAUAUGGUUUUAUAAGUUAUGAUCGUGGUAUUUAUGAUGAUCCAGAUUGUCCAAAAAGUACAAAUCAUGCUGUAGUGGCAGUUGGUUAUGGUGUGAAAAAUGGAAAGAAAUAUUUCAUCAUCAGAAAUAGCUGGGGCCCAUCAUGGGGUAGAAAAGGAUAUGGUUAUAUUCGUGCCGGAGUGUUUAUGUGCGGUAUUGGCCGUUUUUCUACCAUACCAAUAUUCCUCUAA